CCAGCGCAGAGCAUCACACCAGAAAGAUGCUGAUCAGAGAGGCUCUGACUGUGCGAUGUGCUGGUGCCCCCUUUGGGCACAAGCAACAAAGGGGCCCAUGGGCGGCUCCCGAAUGCUGGGCGUUGCUCCAGGCCAGAAGUGGAUUCGGCUUCCCCAGCCGUGGACACCCAAGGACCGCAGCCCCCCAGCCACCUGCAGUUCAACCUGAAAAGGAUGCAGCUAGACAGAGAGUGCCAGGCCAUUAGAGAAAGAGACGACUGCAUUCGCUCUGCCAGGCUGGUCGCCAUUGUGCAGUCCAGGGGGCGCGUGGACAACUGGAACAGCUACAGUGUACGCAGCCUGAGCAGUGAGAGGCGUCGCCGGGAGCUGGCACAGAUCGGGGUGGAGAACCAGCGGCUCGUGGGGCGGCUGAGGCAGCAGCAGUCGGAGUACGCCCGGGAGCCCUGGGAGCACCACUGGGAAAGGGUGGAGCUCAUCCGCAAUGGCAUCGCCCGCUACCCUCGCGGCAUGCGGGCCCUGCAGAUGCACAGAGAUGGUGGAGUGCUGCGCUGGAAGAAGGAGGGCACAAGAGACAUAACAGGCAGGCAGGAGAAAAGAAGUUGCCUUAAUGGCUCAAAAGUCCCGGAGCCAGAAGGAAUUUCUCAUGUGCCUGGGGGUGAGGUCAGGCGAGGCUUCAAAAGCUGGGAGAGAGUCUUGACAUCAAGUCAAUCUGACUGUCCAGUCAGGGUCGGCUCCAGCUUUUUUGCUGCCGCAAGUGGCGGUGAAGCGGGGGAAAAAAAGAAAAAACGAUUGAGCGGCUGCCGAAGAGGAAGUGAAGGACUGAUGGACCCACCACCAAAUUGCCGCCGCAGUCCCGGACGUGACGCCCCAGCAAUGGACAGACUGCCGCCCCUUUCUAUUGGCCACCCCAGGCACCUGCUUCCUUCGCUGGUGCCUGGAGCCGGCCCUGUGUCCAGUGCACCAUAAUCCUUCCUUUGCCAACCCAUGCCUCACCCCUUCCUGGAACCUUUGCCCUCAUUAUGGGCUAGGGGCUGCUUUCUACACUUCCUCAUGCCCAGACCUGCCUGCAGUGACCAGCUGGAGCUAUGCCAGGCCCUGGUGGCUAUUGGUGGCUCUCAAACAAAGGGGCUGUCCAAGGCCGGGGCU